AUGAGCGAUCCUCUCGCCGCCCCGCUAUCGGCGGUUCCUGCACGUCGAAGGCAGUCCACACCGACGGCAAGCACUAUUGAUGCAUCACCGAGUCUCAAGUGGGCCUCGCUCUUCAGAGGCAGCACCUCAUCCUCGUCAGAAGCGCUCCGGAGUCGAGGUACUGAGGGUAAGAUUGCUCGCGACGGCGAUGCUUCUCUGCGCUGGCUUCAAUGGAAGCUGCUUCUUACCGACCACCUCUCCACCAUCCCUUCCUCUUGGGAAGCCGUCUUGAAUAGCGAAAGAGAAGCAUACAAUGAGCUGCGCUGCCGUCUGCUCCGCGCUCCCGAUGGCAAUUACCCACCCGAGGUCGGCUUUGAUGGCACACAUACUACCAUCGACACCCCAGCUUCCUCCUCCUCGUCUGGCAGUAUAGCCUCACACACAAGCCGCGACGUCGUACACGACCUUUCUGUCAACAACCCGCUCAGUCUCGACGACUCAAAUCCUUGGAGGACAUACUACUCGACGUUGGAGAUUCGACGUAUCAUCCUUCAAGACGUAGAAAGGACCUUUCCUGACCUCGAAGUCUUCCGCCAUACUCGCGUCCAGCAAUCCUUGACCAACAUUCUGUUCCUGUGGAGUCUGCAAAAUGAAGACGUAGGCUAUCGACAGGGUAUGCACGAGCUCGCAGCCGUGCUUUGGAAAGUCAGAACGGAUGGGUCCUUACCUGCGCUGUCGUAUCCUGGUCGCCAAGUUGCGGCCGAGGCGCCAUUCGAGCACGCGCUCGCAGACGCCUUUGUCGAGCAUGAUGUCUAUGCGCUCUUCUGCGUCUUGAUGCAGAGCGCAAAGACGUGGUACGCUUGGCGCGAUACCCCUGCCGACACUGCUUCGAGCCCGUCUCCAUCUUCCACUUCUCCAUCUCGCGCAGCCAGACCGUCACUCAGCAGCCGCGAGGCGGAGAAGACCCCACGUCGUCCGCUCCCCAUCGUUGUGAAGUGCGAACACAUCCUCGAGCUCCUACGUCAGAUCGAUCCAGCCCUGGCUCAACACCUCGAGAGCCUCAGCAUCGAACCUCAGAUCUUUUGCCUCCGAUGGAUCCGCAUGAUCUUUACGCGCGAGUUUGCCUUGGACGAUGCAAUAGCCAUCUGGGACGGCCUCUUUGCCUCUGCUAGCUCCCUCGAUCUGAUCGACUACAUCUGCAUCGCUAUGCUCCUCCGGAUUCGCAAUCAGCUUCUUGCCGGUGAUCAUACCUUCGCCUUGCACAGUCUGCUGCGAUACCCCACGGAGGCACAGGUCCAACCGAGCCUCUUGGUCAAGCAAGCCAUCUUGAUGCGGGAUCGUGGACAGAAUCCCAGCACAGGUGUAGCCAUCGCCAUGCAGAACCGGGAUCUGUUGGGAAUCCAAGUGCGUCCCACCGACGAUUCGGCUCAAGCUGCUUCGCCCCAGCGACCGGCAGCCAACUCGCCCUCGCAGCGAUUCAGCUCGCAAAAGUACGCCACAGUCGGAAGGACGGCGUCGGGUACGGCCAACAGAGCCUCGCCGUGGGCUCGUCUUCCACAAGAACCGGUGGUCAGGAAAGCGGACGGCAGACGCUGGCAGACGCCCGCUUCAGGCGAGGAUCCUCUGGGCGUCUCGCGCGCGCCUGCUACGAACGCUGAUACCGGCGCACCUCGAGCCUUUGGCAUCAAUCCAUCCUCUUACCUUCCUGAAGGAAUCGGCGACCUGGCUAAAGGCUGGUACGAACGAGCGGAGCUUCCGCAGACUUUGAAUAGCGCGCUGGCGAACGUGUCGAGAACGGUCGCGGCUGCUGCUGCUGCUGGCGUCACAGGCGCUUAUAGCUCGACCAAAGCGGAGACGUCCGGCUUUCCUUCUGGAUUCGAACAGGCUUUCAACGAGCAAGCCAAUGUGCGAGGAGGCCCCUCGCCGGCCACCGUUGGGCAUGCAGCUAUGGGGAAAGGCAGGUCUAGGCCGUCGAUCGUCGAGGCCGCACAGUCCGUACCCGAAUCGGCCCACAAUUCGAGCGCAGACGUAGCCAGCCAGCUAUCGAAGCUGGUCACCGCCAACAAGGCGAUCGGCUCGGCCCUCUCAGCCUGCAUCGAGGUAUUGGAGCAGAAUUGGCUCGAUCGGAGUGCGAGCGUUGGCGAACAGCGAUCUGACGAGCUCGAGCAGAGCGAUCUCAACACGCUCAUGAGCUUCACUGCGCUCAAGCACAUUCGGGAUGUGCUGGAUGGCACGGCAACCGAGUUCGAUCCUGCCACACUGCCAGCUUCCGCUCCGAAGCGGGUCGAAUCGGCAUCGCAGACAAUCAAGGACGCUGUCAAGCCACAGGACCACAAGCCGAAUGAAGGAAAACAGCGCCUGGCAAAGACGCAAUCGGCGGUUGCACAGACUGUCGGCAACGGCCCGGGUCCAGGUGCGCACCCGUCCCUGCCCAUGUCGCUUGCCGAGUACGCACGGUACGGCCGGCAAAUGAUCCUGCCCGACUUUGGCCUGCCUGCGCAGCUGCGUCUCCGCAAAGCCAAAGUGCUGGUGGUGGGAGCAGGCGGACUCGGCUGCCCUGCUAUUCAGUACCUUGCCGCUGCCGGCGUUGGCCAGAUCUCGAUCCUCGACCACGACGUCGUCGAACCCUCCAACCUGGCACGCCAGAUCCUGCACAGCGACGCGACUGUCGGCAUGCACAAGGCCGUCUCUGCAGCGCAAGCGGUCAGGCAGAUCAAUCCGUACAUCACCGCCGUCGCGCUCUCGGAAGCGAUCAGCGCCGGCAAUGCGCGCUCGGUGAUGCGGGGCCACGAUCUCGUGCUCGACUGCACCGACAACCCGUUGACGCGGUAUCUGAUUUCGGACGCGGCGGUACUCGAAGGCUUGCAGGUCGUCAGCGGGGCAGCGCAGGGGUAUGAUGGCCAGCUCGUGGUGCUGCACAAGCGGAUCCGGGCGGAGUUUGGCGGACCCAAGGCUGUCGCAGCGGGGAAAGGGGGGGUGGUUCGCGGGCCGUGCUAUCGGUGUCUGUUCCCGAAGGCGCCGCAACCGGAUGAGGUGACCAACUGCGAGGACGGCGGGGUGCUCGGUGGGGUGACGGGGCUCGUGGGGACGAUGCAGGCGCUCGAGGCGGUCAAGAUACUAGCUGGGAUCGGGGAGGAUACGCCGCCGACGCUGACGCUCGUGUCGCCGCUCUCGUCGACGCCGUUCCGGUGUGUCAAGAUCCGCCCGCGUCGGACUGCGAGCUGUCGGUCGUGCGGCGACCCAGCACAAGUGGCCGAGGCGAUGAUCACAGACCUCGAGCAGGAAGAUUAUGCCUCGUUCUGCGGUCUCAAUGUCGCCAGCGCAACGCGGGCCGAUCUGCCGAGGACCGCGGUCAAGUCGAUGCAGCCCAACACCCUGGUCAUCGACGUCCGUCCGACCGUCGAGUUCGGAAUCGCCAACCUGGACGGAUCGAUGAACGUUCCGAUCCAAACACUGCUCAAAAACCCAGCACAGGUGUGGGACAAGAUUCGCGAGGCGCAGCGUCCGGCGCCCUCCCACAUACUGGUGGUGUGCAAGAGAGGCAACGAUUCGCAGCUCGCCGUGAGCGCGCUGUUGGAGCACCAGAAGGUGCUCAGCGAGUCGGUCGCGCGACAGCAGGCAAUGCAGCCCGCGCACCCGCUACAGAUGGAAGAGAAGGAGAACGGCUCAGCGGACAAGGAGCGGAUGCAGGCGAUCACCGCGAUCGAGGUGUCGGAUCUCAUCGGCGGCCUGCGCGCCUACAGCCGCGAGAAAGACCCGAACUUCCCUAUUUACUAG